AUGCUUCUACAUGUGCUACUUGGUGUUAUUCUAGGACACGAUCACUCUAAGUUUGACAUGGAUUGUCCCACGUGUGCCAUGCACUACAACAAGACGGGCGAGAAGGCGCCUCCUUCGCAGCAGCCAGCUGGUCGUGAUCCAAAUCAGGUGGAAAUUCCAGAUGGAACUGAGGAGCACAAGAAGAUGGAGGACGAGCAGAGAGAGGGCGAGAAGGAGAUGCAGCAGCUUCAGCAGCAGAAGAAGGAGGCGGAGCAGAAGGCAGCUGAGGCUGAGAAGGAGGCAGUUGAAACCAAAUUGCAUAAUACGAUUCAUGCGCAGAAGAGGAAGGAAGCAGAGCAAGAGAGCAGCAGGAAGAUGAUGGACAUGCCAGCGCAUUUUGAGUACAAGAAUCCGGCGGCAGUGAAGGUGUUUACGCCUCUGAGCAUCCCAUUCAAGGCCCAUCAGCUGCUGGCCAUGAAUCGAGUCAUGGACAUGCGUAGGGCACUUGCUGAUCUCAUUGAGAAGGAAGGGCGCAUCAUUCACACUGAGAUGGUUGAGAAACCACGCCAAUUCAAGGACGAUGAUGGCAAAUACAACUUCCCAGUGAAUCCGUCUUCAAACACCCCUCAGGCAAAGAAGGGCUUUCCAACUGAAACCAAAGAGGCUCCUCAGGAAGAAACCAGUUCGAAUCCAAUCAUUCAACGAAUAACCAGAACAUUCAGGAGCAUCCCGUACUUCUCAGAUGACAAUACGGCAAAGGGAAUGCAAGCAGGAAGCAAUUUCAGCAUAUUUGAUUAG